CUUAACAAACACACACAGGAAGUUCAUACGGGAACAAAACGUUGGUGGGUGAGAUCGAUAGGGCAGGAUGGGAUAGACCUCGCGCGCGCGCCUCGUUCCUUUCUCUUAACCCUUCUUUCAUGGCGGUCUCGGCCCCAUCAUUCUUCCUAUCCCGCAUCGCUGACUUCUCACUCCACCCUCCCAAACCCCCUCCUCCCCGCUUCCUUAUCCCUCCUCCUUCAUUUUCCUCAGCCGCCGCACCCCGUCGUUCCUCUUCGCCCCCUACAUCCCUCUCCUGCCUCAUGUCCGGCUUUGACGGCGGAGGAGUGUCCGACGAAUUUGUUUCGACUCGGAAAUCCACCUACGACCGUGGUUUCGCUGUGAUUGCCAACAUGCUCAAGCGAAUUGAGCCUCUCGACACCUCUGUCAUUUCCCGGGGUGUUUCUGAUUUAGCCAAGGAUUCCAUGAAGCAGACCAUUUCUACGAUGCUAGGAUUGUUGCCCUCCGACCAAUUCUCUGUUACCGUUACGGUUGCAAAGCAUCCUCUGGAUCGGCUUAUGUUCUCGUCCAUUAUCACGGGGUACACUUUGUGGAGUGCGGAGUAUAGGAUGUCUUUGGUGAGAAAUCUUGAUGUAUCUCCCAGUGUAAAAAAAGAAUCGGCUUGUCCAACUCAGACAGAGGUUUCGGGAGAUCUGAAUGGUGAAGAUAAGAAUAUUGAGAUUGGUUCUGACGUGGUAUUAAAUGGUUUGGAAAGUUGCAGUCCUCGUGUGUUUGGGGAUUUAUCUCCCGAGGCCCUGAACUACAUUCAGCAGUUACAGUCUGAAUUAACACGCGUGAAGGAGGAACUAAAUUCCCGGAAACAGGAAAUCAUGCAAAUAGAAAAUGACAGAGGGAACAGGAACAAUUUGUUGGAGUAUCUUAGGUCUCUGGACCCUGAUAUGGUGACUGAACUGGCUCGACCAUCAGCAGGAGUGGAGGACAUAGUUCACCAACUUGUUCAAAACAUAUCGAGGAGAUUCAUUGGGGAUAAUGCCAACUUUAAGUUGGUGGAAUUGUCAGUGGAAAGAAAUAUAGACGAUCAUUCAAAUGAUGAUAAAAGAUUAUGUGAUACUGUAGGAACUUCGCGUGAUUACCUUGCCAAGUUGCUUUUCUGGUGUAUGCUAUUAGGUCAUCACUUGAGGGGGUUGGAGAACAGAUUGUAUCUAAGCUGUGCUGUAGGACUGUUGUAAAGAGAAAGGAGGAAGGUGAGCUUGGGGUUUGUAGAGAUCAUAAGGUGCCCACACAAAGUCAAUAGGACAUGGCUUUCUGGCAUCAAGUCUUGACCAUGGCUUCCCUUUACCACUCCAAUGCAGCAAACUUACUGGACCAGGAUGCAACCUCCUGCAACUAUUCUCCACAUUAUCUCCUCCAAGCCCAUGCUGGUUCCAUCUAUGCUCAAUGGCCUCUAUUUCUCCUCCAAAAACCAGCAAAAAUGGAGGCAGAGAUCCCAAGUCAUAGAUCCUUCUUUCCUUCUGAAUCUCCAUCCACUUCUCAAUCUUCUUUGUGUAGUCUCCCUUUCUCCAUUUUGCUAAGUCCAUUUGCAUCACCCCCGUGUUGAAAUAGCAAGGCCUUCUCUCCGCAAACACCUCUGAGAACUCAGGACUGGACCAAAAUUCAUGAGAAAAAUAUCUAGUGAAAUUCGCGUGACAAUACUCUGGAGCUCCGAUGACUUUUGACCCACUCAGUGAAACCUUCCAUAGCUUUUGGAUGUCAUCAACAACUAUAACAUCAGAAUCCAAAUAGAUCACUCGUUCAACGCAGGGCUCAAGCAAAUCAGCCAGGUAACUUCGAGCAUAGUUCAACGGAUUCUCCAGAGCUUGGCGUAUUGUCGGGGAUAUGAGAUCUCUAAUUAGACUUUCUCUGAACACGUAUACUGUGAACCUCAGAGCAGGGAAGGUGGACUGAACUAUUCCUUCAAAGUCAUCCUUGUUCUUUAACCGCGAAUCUGAGGCAAUGAAAUGAAAGAACACGUUUUCUGGGCAAGAAGUGUGUCUGAGAACAGAGUGGAUUGCAGCUACUGAUCCUCUCAAGUAGUCCCAAUCAAUAGUCAUGGCAAUGUGAACCAAUGAUGAGUCGCAUGCCAUUUCUAAAUUGUCUCUGUCAAUUACAGGGCACAUCUGCUGGUUUCUGAAUUCUGGGGCCUCUGAAAAUUGCACAACCUUUUCAUCUUCAACCUUUUUUCCAUACCCACUAUGUGAAAUUUUGUAUGGUAAAGAUCGAGCUGCAUUGGUUGGAACGCGAAGAAGGAAAACUGAAAGAACCACAAAAAGAACUUGUGGAGAGCGAAACAUUACUGGCUUUCCGCGCAGAGCAGAGGGAAGUGAUUGAAGAGAGAAGUCUGGAAAAAUGAACAAAAAUCAGAGAUAUUGGAAAGACGAAGGCAAUGGAAAGGCCAAGAGGUGGGGUUGAAUAUAAAUGCAAAACAGGAAACGAAACGCGGUGGUGACGCGGCAAAGGGGACAAGCUUCGCCGUUUUGAAAUAGAUGAGAGAGGCAGCUCUGAGAACCUUCGUAUGGGCUUCUGAGUUUCUGGGUUUUGAAUUAUUCUUUAAUAGACGUUUCGCCUCGGUUUUCUAACGGAGGCCACUUUUCGGUUUUGUACAGUAAUACAUGGAAGACAGACAUCCGAGUCUGACCACGUGCUCUGAAUAUUUAUUUGUUGCACUCUCUCUCAGAACUACUAGGCAAUGUUUUCAUAAUCGAAUAAGAUAUCGAAUAAAAAAGAUCAGGAUUUUACAA